UUACUAGACUCGCUUCAAGUUGGCAACAAAUUAAAUACAAUUUUCAGUUGUUUUAAAUUCUGGUAAAAAAAAAUCUUUAGUAUUAGCGGAGGUUGUACUUAAGUCUAACAUAAUGGCAUAUCCAACGCGAGGCUCGAAGGGAACUCAAUUGCCACAAAACGUUUUGGAGAGCUUGAAACGUAUCGAUACAAAAUGCUUAAGAGAUGAUCGAUACUUCAAGUUGUUAUACAUGAAUUAUGAUAACAAUUUUCUAGGCUUGAAUUCAAGAGUAAACCAUUCAGAUGAAGUCCCUAACAUUAAUGCAGAAUCGAAUCGAUCCGAUUGGCGUAGAACUGAAAAAGAAAUCAAGGAGAUAAAAGCGGAAUUGUCACUCAUAAAACAAAAAUUUGAUAAUCUGGAGCUGAGCAUGGAAAGUCUUAGAAUGGGUACUGAAAAUGAUAUUCUCAUGGAUGCUCCAGCAUGUUCUUAUAGUGACAUCAAUCCAAUUGACGCUGCAUUGUCAUCUCGAGCACAGGAUCUUCCAACAAGCAUCAGCCGAAGUGGGAAUGCUUCUGUCAAUUCCUGCCUACGAUGUCCUCAUAUUGAACCUCUCCCGGAAAUGCCUGCCCAUUCUCUGGCAUUGCUUGAUAGAUUGAAUAUACUUGGCGACAAUGAAGCAGCAACUCCAUUUACUUUUUAUCCAUUUAGAUCCGCUUCAUCUGAGCGCAAUCUCGUUGAGCAGUCACACAACCAACGUUUAAGUGCGGUUUCGGAGCCCUACAAGUGUCCAGUGUGUUUGAAAUGUGUGCAACAGCGCAAACCUGCCUCGACCAUCUGUGGUCAUGUGUUUUGCAGCAGUUGCAUUAGGACCGUUCUGCGUGCCACAUGCAAGUGCCCUGUUUGCCAAUCAUUCAUAACAACUCGGGAAAUAUUCAGAAUUUACAUUUGAAUGAUUGCAUUAGAUUAUUAACUUUAAAUUUACAAUUUGUUAAAUUUCUUUUUUUGUGUAGCUCGUAAAUUUCACAUUUGUCCAAUGUAUUUUGUUGUGCAACUCGUAUUAAAUGCAUUCGACGUUCGCCCGAAAA